AUGCAUUUCUUUCGCGCGGCGCUCACGCUUGCCAUUACCAUCGCGCCGCUCGAGGUCCUCUCACAGGUCAUCACAAUCACGCAACGUCCAAGUUCGUGCAGCGCGAUAUACACGACCGGAACCAGCUCCGUUACCGUCGUGCAGUCGACUGUCACCGUUGCCCCAAUUCCAUUUUCCGAUGCUUUGGUCAACGCAGGGACGCCCUUCGUGAUAGAAAUUCAGCCUGGCGCGGCUGCUCGUCGGCGACAGGCAACAAAUGCUACCUACAUCAAUGCCAAUGGCCGUACCACGACGAAUGCUAGCGAGGCCGUGGCAUACAGGAUUCUGAACGGGACUUUGCAAAGCGUCGACGGUCAAUACAUAUCCGCCGAUCCGAACACAGACAGUGCCUUAUUUGCCCUCUCUGCCGUCGCAAAGGCUAUUACCACCACCUUCUUCUCUCGGAAUCUCGAGAUUGGAUGGAACAAUAGCGCAUUUGCCGGCGGUGCCUGCGACUUCUACACGGCUGCGGCUGAGGAUGGAGCCAUCGAUGUUAUUACGUAUUUCAGAGGGAUCGUGGACUCCAGCUGGCAGGCAAUCACGUUUGCUGUCAGAUCCACAGGCCAGCUAGUACUGGAGCCUACGACUUCCACCAUCGUCUCCACGGUCAUUUCKAUGGGCGGCGGAGUUACGGCUACUCCUUCGACAACGGAGGUAAAUGUGCCGACUCCUACUGGCGUACCAACUGAAAAUGGUUACUGUGGUGCAUCUGCGGGCAUCUGUGACGGCAUUAUCUUUGGGAGGUGCUGCAGCCAGUACAAUGCUUGCGGCAACACAGAUGAAUACUGUGGAUUUGGCUGCCAAUCAGCGUUUGGAGCCUGCGACCCUCCACUUCCCGCAAGCUCUUCCAUCGCAGCAGGCAUAUCGAGCGCUGGGCCCACUCCCCCUGAGUACUCCGCGACAGCCCCUCAACCCGCGACUUCCUUUCCAGCUGGUUCAUCAAUCGCUCCUAUUAUGUCGACGUCGAUGUACACCUCUACCAGCGUGUUCCUAUCCACCAGUGGUAGUGUGACUAUGACCAUGACCACUGAGAUACCUGUGACCACUUCAUUGCCGAUCUACAGUGAUCCAGGGACGCCCAUAGGACCCAUCAACCCGCCAGUGUUUGGUUCUUCGACUAUCGCUAUAUCCAGCGAGGUGGAUAUCAGUACUCCAGGUCUACCGCCAUCCUACGCAGCAACACCAUCUUCUUCGGCUGUGUCCACCCUUGCAGGCAUCUCUUCUAUCCCCUUUUCUUCAAUCCCCUCCAGCGUUGGAAUUUCGAUCAGCAUUCCCAGCGCUCCACUCUCUAGUGCUGCAACAACGGCGAUCAUCACUUCCGCCGGGCCUAUCGCUCCUUCAUACAGCGCUCCCGAUGAUACAUCCAGUACCCCGGUGGCUGGUAGCAGUAUCAUCAGCUCUGUACCGGUUGACAUCCCGAGUAGCAGCUUUGUGAUUCCUCUCCCCAGCUUCUAUUCAUCACCCCCGGCUCCGAUCAGUUCAGUUCUCAGCUCUGUGAUUGYUCCACCCAUCGUCUCGACGGCCACAUCAAGCUCGAGCUCGAGCACUGCAGUCGCCACUCUCACGGCCUCUUCAUGCCCAGGAACUGCGGAUGGUACUGUUUUGGCUGACAGCAAUGGGGAGCCCUACCAGAUCUAUUGCGACAGUGACUACGUUGGCGAUCUUACUCCCCUUCCCGACACUCCUAGCUUCGACGCCUGUCUUCGAGCUUGCGACAGGACCGCAGGUUGCGCCGCCGCUACAUGGAUAGCUGCCAACACGUACUGCUAUCUGAAGCCUGCCGGCGGCUUCCUUUUCGGUAGUGGAGGUUAUGUCGGUGUGCGUGUCAGGGGCGUCGUUGUUGGAACUACUUCCGCCCAGACUGGUACUCCAAGCACGUCCAUCCCUAAUCCCGACACUUAUCCCACCACAUUUUCAGUGCCGAGUCUGCCGACUGAAGAGUCUUUCCCGGCCAUCUUCAGCACUACUUUCACUCCAGAGGUCGCGAGCUCAACUGCGGUCCCGACAGAUGUGCCGCCAAUCUACUCGGAAUCAUCCAGCAUAGCUCCCGCGUUCUCCACCACGCCUGUUCCAGAAACAUACCCAACCACUACAUCCAUUCCGGAAGUAUUCUCGUCCACGCCCCUCCCUGAUCCCGUGUUCACUAGCACACCUGUCCCCGAUACAUACCCCACGGCAUCCACAACGGRGAUCUCGCCUUCCAGCAGCAGCACCGUCCUCGUUCUCUCCUCGCCAAUUCGUUGCGAUUUUGGAGAAGAAGAUGUCGCAACCGAGCAAGACGAUGCCUUCUGCGAUAUUGUCCUUCCGCAGCCCAUGGUCUUGUACGGCAAAUCGAGUGUCAACACCUUCGCGUCCACCAAUGGAUUCAUAUCCAUCAUCGACGGCGCAACGCAAUAUCAGAACGCCGAAACACUGCCUACCACCCAAGUGACCGAGGCAGACAACGAGACGCCUCUCUCAGCAUUGUUCCCCUUCUGGGAUGACCUCAACAAGCCAACGGGCGAAGACGAUUACGGCAUUUACUAUCAACUCUCCGAGACUGGAGUCACGUACGAGUUUUAUCUCACGAGAAUUGGACAAGCAGUCGUGUUCCAUUGGACCGUCGGCUACACCUACGCCAACCCUGGUGUGGCUACUUUUAMUUACUAUGAAAUGGAUGAUCCCGGUGAUACUGCCACCGUGGGCGCGCAAGGCUUUGYCGCGAAUGGGGAAGCUGUUGGGGUGGUGUACUCCUACCAGAGUGGGGAGAUCACGAAUGGGUUGGUUGUCAUCUGCGAUACGCUUGCGAACACUUGCGUGAGAUCUCCUUCAUCGGCGUGA